UUGCUUUCAAGCGCACUCCUGCUGAAUCGGUGUGAGUGAGUGUGUAUGUGUGUGUGUGUGUGUGUGUGUGGGGCGUUCACUCUUUCUCCUGCCACAGUAGCAACACAUUUGCAGCAGCGUCGGCCCCGAACAAAAGGCUAAACGCAGCAGAGCCACAGGAGGGGAAACUCAGGGAUAGAAGCGGGUAGAGUGGCCCAGCGUGACUGCACUUCUCAGGGAGGAACUCAACCUGCCAUUUAGCCCUCCUGGCCCUGGAGUGGAGACAGGACGGUACACUAGACCAGCCCAGGCUGCCUGUCUGUCUCUCUAGAAGAACUGAGGAACACACCCUGUUACUGACAGUUUUGUCUUUCACUUGUCUUUCAUUCACACACCUCAGUCUCUGUCAUCCUUUACUGAGACUCCUGCACCUGCCCUUCUUCACCUGGGCUUCCUUCCUUGUCAUCCACCUGUUCUCCGAGAUGUCAGACGAUGACUGCCGCUCGCCUAUCGGCCUGGACUGUUGCAGUUGCUGCCUGGACCUGGCCAAUGGCUGUGAUGACUCCAUGUCCAGCAGUCCAGCUCAGGGCCUCAGUACCACAGGGGGCCUCCCAGGGAGCCCCACCAGCCCCAGUGUCAAUCACUUUCGCCAGCUCCGCAACCAGCUGAUGUACCAGAACCUGAACACGGACAAGCUGAACAACAUCAUGAGGCAGGACUCCCUGGAGUCAGUGGUGAGGGACCCCUGCUUCCUUCUAAAUGAAGGAAUCUGCAACAGCAACAUUGACCAAACCAUGCUGUCUAUACUGCUCUUCUUUCACAGUGCCUCUGGUGCUAGCGUUGUGGCCAUCGACAACAAGAUUGAACAGGCAAUGGAUCUUGUCAAGAACCACCUGAUGUAUGCCGUGCGUGAGGAGGUGGAGAUCCUCAAAGAGCAGAUUAAAGAGCUGGCAGAGAAGAACAACCAGCUCGAGAGGGAGAACUACCUGCUGAAGAACUUGGCCAGUCCAGAACAGCUGGAGAAGUUCCAGUCUCGCAUCCCUACAGAUGUGCUCUUACCCCUGGAUAAUCAGAGUGUCCAGGUGACCCAGGACCAGCAGCAACAGCAGCAGCAGCAACAGCAGACCUGCAACCACAGUUCUGGCUCUGCUGUAUAAGUGGCUCUGCCUUGGGGCGGGCAGAGCCACUGUCUCCUUACAGUAAUGGACCUCCAUUUGAAUGAAAGUAUUACAGAAUCGCCACUGAGAACCCUUCGAAACAGUGAAGGUGAAGCAUCAGGGCUGAAAAUGAUCGAUGGGACACAAAAGAACUGCUGACACUGAUAAGCACAAAACAGAACUUAAGAUGCUCUGACUGGUGCGGUGUCCGGCCCGUCCUCUGAUACCGUCCAACUCUUUGUCGUAGUCUCUCUUUGUAGACAAAAGCGCUAAAAUAGAGAGAGGGCUGACUAGUCACUGACGAGCGCUUGCUUUCAGACAGAGGGGGGGGGGCUUUCCCUGCCUAACUGAACCCUUCCAACAAACACCCUUUGCUCUGGAGAGGGAAGGGGUGAGGAGGUGUUGAUCGGGCUGGCCCUGCAGGUGCAAACUUGGAAAGUGUGAGGGGAGUUUGCCACCUGAUCACCCAGAGGAGACCCAUCUGAGACGGUCCUCCAAGUCUCGACGAGAAGAGCCCCAUCAUGCAGAUUUGUCCGGUCUCAAAAUACAAGUUUCAAGGACUCCCAGCCACACAUUUCAGCCACAUGACAAGGACUUUUCCUGUACCUACGAUGUAUUACUCACGUGUUCAUGUACAUUUGUUCAUGCCUAACAAGAAUAAUCAACAGGAUAAGCUAAGGCAAGAGAGGUGGAGGUUAAUGCAGUAUAGCCUAAUAGAGCUGGUGGACUGCUGCAGUAGACUGAUCAGUAUACUGUAAUGAGUCAGAUAAUGUAAUCUUGUAUUGUCUGCAGUUGGGGCUUGCUGCUUAUGGGGGAAAUUAAUCCUGCUAUAUCUUCUGUUUUUGUUUGUGAUUCUGAACAAAAAUCAGUUGUUGUAAAAUAGGAGCAUUGUUCAGUGGUCUUAAAAGUUUUUUUUUUUUUUUUGGUAUACUAGGGCGAUAGGCAUAUCUGCCCACCUUGUUUGCCUAGCUCUUCACAGUAAAGGAUAACUACAGUGUACAUAAAGUUGAAACGUCCAGAGGCAAACGGUGAGCAAGCAGACCCCUGCAUUUCUCGCUGCAGAUGCACUCCUGAUUUUAGCAGCGUCGUCCAGUAUGUGGUCCAUUCAAAGCUCAGAUGCCAACUUGAAAACGAUGGCAUGACAACAGUGCCUGUCCGUUGUAAGAGUGGAACACUUUUCCACGUUGAACUCUGUUGUUGUUGUUGUUUUCUAGCUACCAAAGACUUGUUUGCCUUUUUUUUUCCAACAACAACAGAAGCUGAGCAAACCAGGACCAUGUGUAAAACUUCACAGGGAGAAGUCUUGUUUGUAGCUAGUGCUAAAGUUUCUAUAUGUUUUGUAAAGAUAACGGUAUUGUUGCUGUACAGUAUCCUUGAAAUGGUUGUUCACUAUGGUGUUUGGAUACGACUGCACAUUUGCAAUAAACCUUAUGUUUACAUAA